AUUUUUAAGAACCUGAAAACAGCAGUGGGUUUGAAAUGCAAGACAGAAUUAACAAAAAGGAUCAACAACGUAAAUUGUAUAGCUGUGAGAAAAUCGCUCUACUUAAUCCAACUUUAAUAAAAAAGUGUGCAUUUUUUCAUUGAAGCACAUUUCUACCGUAUAGUGCACCAGAGCCAGUUAUGCAAAACAAGCAUUAAACUACAACCUAGCACAGAGGCCGAAGAAGAACCCAUACCCACAGGGCGGAGUAGAGCAUUUCCAUGAUUUUCAUGCAUAUGACCCAGAGAAUGUGGUUCAACCCCAAGCGACGACAUUAUUACCCGGCAUUUACAAAGAAAGCUAAGCUAAGCAUGCCAUGCCAGCCUCAUUGAGAGUGAUAUGUGUAUGUGACGGAAGGCCAUGCCAAGAAAAUUUUCACUCACAUCUAUUUUAAUCACUUGUGGAAAAGCUGUUUAACGCAACGGUUGUGUUUGACUGAGAAGCGUUUUUAUUAAUUUGAAAUGUAACGGCCUUUAAACUUUCAAUAUCCCAUGCAAGGAUAAGAAAGUGCUAAAGAAUAGUGUUUGAGUGAAAAUUCCAGAAGAGUGUACAAACAAUUGUGGAAAAUGUGUCGCCUUUUUCUAGUGAUCAAAGUGCUUAUGUUGAAAUGGUUAUUGGCCAGCAUAUGCGGCCGGGUUUCUGCUGCCUAUGAUUAUGGCUACCAUCCCAGUGCCGAGGAGUUUGAUAAUCUGCUACGAGAAACCCAUCGCACCUGGACCCAUGACAUACUGAAGCAUCAAAGUGAGCGUAGAGUAUAUCAGAAGCCGCGCCUGCCCAACAGCGAAGUCAGAUCAUUUGUGCCAAAAUUUCAAUACGACAGUCAUUUAAGUAAAUUUAUAGAAAACAACAACAACAACAAUAAUAAUCAUAACAACAACAACAACAAUGAUCAGGAUGUAACUGGACAAAUAUUUUCCAAUGUUCUUGGUUUGAGCAGCCCAGCUCCUUUAAACAACCCUGAUAGACUGACCAUACAGGAGUUGGGUUCCUCUUUGGAUUUUCAUUAUUCCCAUGAUGAUUAUGCUCAGAAUUAUGACAACACUUUGGAAAUGGAGGACGGAGGUCCCAUACCUUUUCUCAACAACAAUAAAAACCAGCCUCACAAAGAUACCCAAGGCCAAUUGACCACCACCAGCCAUACCAUGCCUGAAAUAAACUUAAAACCCCUUAGCACCAACGAAAUGGAAAAGUACUCGCUUAAUAACCUUUACAAAAACAACACCAAGGCUCACUUCCCCAUUUAUUUUACCAAUCCGGCCACAGGCAUAGUUUAUGCCAUAACCGAAAUGGGUAAAUCCUCCUCCAACGUGGCCAGAACCAAUGGUUCCAUACCCAUAUUCAUAACCAAGGAGCAAUAUGAAAGGGAUAUAAUGAUGCUGAAGCAGGAAUAUGAGGCCCAUUGUAAUGGCAAUGCUGUAUUGGGGGAUAAAACUAAGCUACACAAAUAUCCUGCCCUUUCGUCCUUUUCAAGACCCUCAACUACCACCACCACAACAUCGACUACUAUGAGACCCCAAAUAAUAAGACUUAAUAGGCCAGCCAGUCCUACGCAAAUGACCACUUCGAAACUGGUAACUCCGCUGAAGAAACCUUCCUCAGUGGUGGUAAGAACUGAGCUAACAGUUAAGGAUAAGAACCAGGCCACCACAAUAAGGCCUAUCACAACUCGCAAGAGAAAACUCAAGAAUAAAAAGAAGAAUAAAAAUACCAGGCCUCCCGGUCAUACAACACCAAAACCUGUUGCCACUUUUGAAGGGCCACGCAUUGUUAUGGGCAGCAGAAUAAGUACCCGCAGGCCAGUAAGUGAACUGCAGAAACUCUCCACCCAACUGGAGAAACCUAAUUUUGGUACCACCAUAUUUUCAAGCGCUCCCCUGGCGGCCACAGCUAGUAAUGUGGAUCAGUAUAGGGAUUUGAAAAGAACGGAUAGAGUAGAUGAACAAAUGGAUUUUGAUACAAUGCAGAGGAGACGCAGGUCCUUGAGAGAACAAAGAAAUUCGAAGGGAGAUAAAGAUAUUGAAAAUCUGGAAAAUGAAAUAACCUCUGUGGAGGAAGAUGAGCAUUCUAAGGAUUUUUAUGAAAAUAAUUGGCGCAAAAACAACGAUUAUAGGUUAAAAAUAGUUCAGCGAUCCCUGCCAGUUAUCGAUAACGAAAAUAAUAAUCAAAAACUAGGUGGAAAAGUAUACAUUAUUAAAGAAAAAACUCCUGAGGAGUCACGGAAAAAUGAGGUAGAACAUAAAAAUAUCGAUUACGAUAUAAAUACCAAACGAUUACAAGUUAUCGAUAAAAAUAUCGAUUAUCAAAUACUUAGCGGAAAAGAUGAAAUUCUUUACAUUAUUGAAGAAGAAUCUGCAGCAAAUAACGAUGAACAAAAAAAUAUCGAUUAUGGUAUAGAAAGCAAAACAACAAUUAUCGAUAACCAACUGAAAUCCAGAAAUAAAAAGAAACCUAACGCAGCACACAAGACAACUCUCAAUAGCUAUAAACAAUCUGCAGGAAAAAAGGAAAUAAGAGAAAACCUCUAUAACGCUGAAGACAGAACAUUAAGAAGAAAUCGACGUUCCCUACAGGAUAUCGAUAACAAAAUAGAUUUACAAAAUAGCGAUGAACAACCAACGAGAAGAAAAGGUAGAGUACUUCAAGUGUUUAACCAACAAUCGCCUAUGACAAAGGAGAACAAUAAAAGAAAUAUUGAAGAAUUCGAUUAUUUAUUAAAAAGUGGUGCAGAAGUGUUAAGUGAAUAUGAUGGGAAUGAAAACGAAAAGAAUAAAUUAAAAACCAUAACAGCUGACAAAAUAUUUCAAUCCGACAAAGUUAUCGAUAACAAAUUAGAUAUACAAAGAAACGAUAAUAAAAUGUUGAAACAAGAAAAUGUUUACUUCCUACAUUCUGAAGAGGAUAUUUUAAAGGAUUCCAAGAAAUCCACCGAAAACGAUAAAUAUUUCGAUAACAAUAAUUUAAAAAUCCAUAUAAACGGUAUGAAUCAUUUUCUAAAUUCUGAAUAUCCUAAUUCGAGAGAAUCAAAAAAUUCCAAUGAAGACAAUAAAUAUAUCGAUAAUCUAAAAAUCGAUAUGAAUGAUUUUGAAAUUAUCGAUGACUUAAAAAAUUUUGAAAAUAUUGAAAAAUCGCCACAAAUUAUCCAUCAUAUUUUUUCGAAAGAAUCAAUUACCCAUAAUAGUGUUGUGAAAGAAUCACAAAAAUUCAAAGAGAAGGAUAAACCUUUCGAUAACAAUAAUUUUAAAAUCGAUAACAAUAAUAUUGAAGUUAUCGAUUAUUUUAAAAAUGUGCAGAAAAGAUCGCCGCAAGUUGAGGAUGACAAUGUUAUGAAUAAAUUUCAAUUAUCGAACCAAUACAUCGAUGAUAAAGUAAUAAAUAACUAUGAUCAGCUAUCGAUUCUUAAAAGUUAUGUGUUUUUCAACUCCCAAGAAGAUGGAGUACUAAACAAAUUUAAAACUAAUGAGCUAAAAAGUGAAGAAAUUGAUAAAACUUCUCAACUAACAAAAAACUUGCCUGCAGUUAUCGAUAAUAAAUUAAAUCUGGAAAACGAUAAUAAUCAAUUCGAAGAUUUUUUAAAUACAAACGUGGAAACAAACGCAUUAAGAGAAGAUGAAGUGAAGAGUGAACAUUUUGAAAAUGUUGCAAAAAAUGAAUCAGAACCAAAUAAAGAUAGAGCAAUAAAAGUUAUGGAUAACAAUUUGAAUGUGGAAAAUGACGGUUAUCAAUUAAAAGGCUUUUUAUACUCAAAAGAGGAUACAACAAAAAUACAAGAAGAUAAAGUUAAAAGUGACAAAUUUGUUGAUGUACUCAGUGAAAAUGAAGUUCAAAAUAAAAAAACCGACGCUGUACUAAAAAAUGGAUCCAAACAAAAAACGAAGCCUAUAGUAGAAGAAGAUGAUUUGGCAAUAAAUUUUGCUGGAAAUUCAGAAGAAAGUGCAACGACCGAAGAAAAUUAUGACUUAGUAUGGAAAAAAGAACCUAAUUUGGAAACCAGCAUUGAAAACCCAAACAACAUUAACAAUUUAGAACAAAAAAUUAAAAGUGAAAGUGUACCUUGCUUAGUACAAGAAAUUCAUGAUGAAACUGAAAAUCUAACAUGGGUACUAAAUUAUUUAGAACCUAAAGAAAAAAAUUAUGGUACUAUAUCGGAAAUAUAUGAAGAAAAUGUUAAACCAGUUGAAAUUAAUUUUAGUACUAAAACCGAAAAUCCAAUAAAUAAAGAGAGUCUAUACAUAAAUGAAAACUUGAAAACGGAAUUCAACAUAAACCCAGGUGAAAUGGAAAUUCAAUCCCUAAAAACCGAAAAUAAUAACAAUUUAGAACUUGUUUUUAAACUUGUACCAAGUGAUAUUAAAUUUAGUACUAAAAAUCAAAUAAACAUAGAAAACCCUAACAACGACUUCAAUGCAUUAGAAAGUGAUGGUCAAGUAUCACCAAUUUAUGAAGAAAAUAUAAAUAUACCAACAUUUUUCUACCAAAUCGAAGAAACAAACGAUUUUAGUACUAAAAAUCAACCAGCACAAAAUAAUAAUGAGUUGCAGUAUUUAGUACACAGAAACAUAAAUAAACCCAAUGAAAACAACAUAAAUAAUAAUUUCCAAGCAGAUGAAAAUGUGAAUUUUGAACAAGAAAUUUUAAACAAAAAUAGUGAUAAUAUGGGUACUAAAAUAAGAUUACCUAAAACAACAAAGGAUCUCCAAGCCAUUAAAUAUUGGGAUAUUGAGACAAACGAAAAUGAGUUCAAUGCUAAUAAAGAAAGUGAAUAUCUAGUAUAUCAACCUGAAAAUUAUCCGAGUACUAAAACCAUAAAAGAAAAACGCAAGCAAAAUAAAAAUAUGGCUCCUAACAGUGAUCUGAACGUCAUUCCAUUGCCAAUUAAGGCAAAUCACAAUGGUGUUGAGGUUUUAGUACAAGAAGAUGUGAAUAUACCUAGUGAUGAAUAUUUUAGUACACAAAAUUAUUUUCUCCUAAAAGAACCUGUACCUAAAACAUAUCAAAAUAAUGCUAAUGAAAAUUUCGUACAUGUUUACCUAAAUCAAAAUGACAACCAUAUUAGUACUAAAACUCCAAUAAAUAAUGAAAACAGUGGCAGAGGUGAAUUUUUAGCACAAGAAAAUAUUUUUCAACCAUACAACGUCGAAUUUAAUGCUGCUGCAAGAAAAAAUGUUGGAAAUGAAAAUUUAGUACAUAUUUACAUGGUCCAAAGUGAAAAUGAUGUUAGUACUAAAAAAGCUAUAAAUAAUAGAAAUCAAAACAAAAUUGAAUUUUUAGUACCAGAAAAUAUUGUUCAACCAAUUAACGAUAAUUUUGAUGCUGUUGGUGAAAAAAAUAAUCCAAAUAAAAAUUUAGUUCAUGUUUACAUGGAUCCAAGUGGUGAUACUAAAACUCCAAAAAUUAAUGAAAAUCAUAACAAAAUUAAAGUUUUAGUACAAGAAAAUGUAUUUCCAUUAAAUCAUGACAAUUUUCAUACUGCUGCAGAAAUAACUAAUGCAAAUCAAGAUUUAGUAGGUGUUUCAAUGAACCCAAAUCUAAAUCAUCCUUAUAAAAAAAUAAAUAGUGAAAAUUACAACACAAAUGAAUUUUUAGUACAAGAAAAUGUAUUUCCAACAUUUAACGAUAAUUUUGGCGCCACUGCCCCAUCAGUUUUUGUUGCACCUAAUUAUAUUACUAAAAUAGUAACCGGUACAGAAAAUCUCUAUGAAAACAAUAAUUUAGUACACAAUAGUGUUAAUAAAGAAAGUGAAGACCAUGAUGGUACUAAAACUUAUACCAAAUGGAGCAAAUCAGAUGAUGAAACCGAACAUAAUUUGCAUUUAGUACUAAAAAAUUUAACCCAAAUAAAUUUAGUACACACCCAGUUACUAAAUAAUAUAGAAAAUUUAAUGGAAUUAUUAGAAAUGUGGCAAGAAGAAAGUAAUAACAGAAAAAAACAAAAUCGUUUGAAUAACAAUGAUGAAGAAAAUUCUAAGAGUGAAAAUAAAUCAGAAAGUGCACCAUAUCUGGAAAAUCUUAUAGAAAAUGUAUCACAAGACCAAAAUAAGGAUAAAAAUUUUAACCAAAGUGGGGUGAAAACAAAGCUGAUCCAUUAUUUAUGGCAAUUAUCUGAAAUUUCGUUAAAACAACAUGACGAAAUAAAUACAAGUUUCGCAAGUAAUAAUCCCAAUAUUGAAACUAAUAUUGAAAAGCCAUUUAAUAUGAACAACUCCAAAGCAAGUGAACAUAACGAAUUACUGGAAUUUUUUAAGGAAUUCGGGGAAGGUGAAGCAAACAAACCGGAAAAGAAUGUUGAUAAUGAAUACUCGCCAAAUGCUUUGACUAGGAAGCACAAAAGUGAAGAAAUCCUAGAAACAAAUUCCGAAAUUACAAAAGUUAAAAAAAUUCUUGAAAAUCCAAAAACGUUUAAAAAUCUUAAAGUUGCAAAAAGUGAAAUUUUGAAGCUUAUAAAAAACAUUCUUAAAUCUAAAGAGAAUGUCUACUCUAAACUUAACACUAUAAUGGAAAAGCUUUUAGAGAAAAGUUUUACAAAAGCUCAUCUUCAUAAGAUUGUGCAUAAACUAAGUGAAAAGAUUUUGGAACAUCAAGAAUCCCUAGAAAAAGGCCUUGAAACUACCAAGAUGUUGAGUAAUAUAAAUGUUGAGGAAACUCUCAUAGGUUUAUUUAGAACCAAGGGUUCAAAACUCGCUGAAAAGCUUUUAGUACUAGAAAAAAAAUUAUUGCAAUUAAAUCCGAAUGAAAACAAUGAAAAUUUAAAAUUCCAAAAUUUAAUCGAAAGCCUUUACAAAGAAUUUAAAAUGGGAAACGAUUUAAACAGAGCAUUUAAUUUAAUACAAAAUUUACUACAACUAAAGACAUAUGGUAUUAAGUUGAUGAAAAAUCGUGAUGGAGCUUUAAAAACGUUAAUCCACAAGAACACAUUCGAAAACACCAAAGACAGCAUAACAACUGCUAUGAAUCUUAAAGAAAAUACUAAAAUCUUAAAAAUUCCAGAAAUGUACAAAAAUAGAAAUAAAAGAUCGGCUCAAAGCUUCGAAGAUAAAGCCCAUAAACUCUUCAGAGAAAAUAAUUAUGAUGAUUUAAUGCAAAAUAUGGAAGAAACACCAUUUAAAGUGAGAGGAAACCUAAAUGAUGACGAUGUUGAUAAUAUCAAAAACUCACCACACAUACAAUUUGAAAUAGAAAAUGCUGAAGUCAAUGAAAAGUCAAUUGCUCGCAAUAUCGAUAUUCUAAAAUUAACCGAAAUCCCCUUUAAAGUCGAAAGAAGUAAAAGAGAAAGCAGUGGUGAAUAUGUUCAAAACUCACCACACACAAAUGUUAACAAUAAAAAGUUUAAGAAAACUCAUGAAAAGCUGAAACCUUUAAAAUUAACCCAAUUCCCAAACAAAGUGAAAAGAAAGCAAAUAUCUCACAGAGGUGAAAAACUUCUAAUUUCACCACACCAAAAUUUAAAAGUUGAAAAUCUUAAAAGUGAUAAAGGAGAAAAAAUUAAUUUGGAGCUAAACCAAGUGGAGGUAAAGAAAAAAGAUAACAGUGGUGAAAAUCAUUAUAAUUCACCAUACCCAAAUUUUGACUUUGAAAAGUAUAUGAAAGCACAUAAAGACCGGAAACCUUUAAAAUUGCUGGAAUUUCCAUUUGAAACUACAAAAAACCAAAAAUCCAACCGAGGUGAAAAUCUUCAAAAUUCACCACACACAAAAUUCAAAUUUAAAACGUUUGAAGUAGCUAAUGAAAAUUUCAAAAAUGACCAAUUAACCCAAGAGAAAGAAAACGAAAAUUUUGAUAGUGGUGAAAAUUUCAAAAAUUCACCACAUCUUAAAUUAAAAGCAGAACAAAUUGUAAGAGAUAAUAAAAAACUCAGUGAUCACAAUAAAAAGAAAUACCAACUUAGAGUGAUGAAAAGACUAAAAGCAAAACAUGGUGAAAAUGAUCAACUAAACCUACAGUUAUACAGAAAAAUCAAAAAUUUUGAUAAUAUUAAAGUAAAUCCAAAAGAAAAUCGUUAUCAUCACCUGCAAAAGAGAUCAACCACCUCAACAACAAAAAUGAAUGCAACCUUACCAAAAUUUAUAAGAAAAUCCAAUAGUUCAACAGGGAAUGUUACCGAAAUGCCACAAAAUUUACCCACCACAACAUUAAACCCUCUUAAGGAAAACUCAACAAAUUACAAUAACAUCAUAUCUACUUCGAAUGUCAGUAUUGAUAAAGAAAAUCUAACCACCAUUCUAAAUCGAUCCUCUGCAAAUUCUAAGACCACAAAAAUUACAGGUCCAUCUUUACAAAAACACAACAAACGUAAAAAAAGAAAACGUACUCACCACAAAAGUCGCAAAGCUGAAAAUCGUACUAAAAAGAAACGCAAACGUUUAGGUGUGUCUCCUUCAGCUUUGAAUAAUACAGGAGCGAAUCAGUCGUUAGCCAUAGAAACUUCAACAUCGCGUUCUAUUAAAGGCGAUCACAAACGGGCCAAGGGCAGCAGUUCAGAAAAAGAUGAGGGGGAUUUUGAUUUCUUUGAUGCCGAAGGUGCAGAGGAGGAGGAUGAUGACACUGAAGAAGAUGAGGAUGAUGAUGACGGUGGAGAAGAUGACGAAGAGGAUGAUGGUGAUGAUGAUGAUGAUGAAGAGGAUGAUGGCGAAUCCUAUGAAGAUGAUUUGGAAGAAACUCCCAUAGGAGAGGAUACUUCGUCGGCCGCAGCAGAUGUUGAUUUUGGUGCCUUGGAGAUGGAGCCAACCGAAAUUCCCGCCACUGCUGGUGAUGAUCCUGCCAUAUUUUCAAAAAACACCCAAAAUAAUCCCACCCUAGCCCUUGAUCUAAAACGCAUACGUCGUAGACCCACCUCCAAAUUACCUGCAAAACAAGAUUAUGAUGACGAUGAGGACGAAGAUGAAGACGAUGUUACCAGUGUGGGCUCCAAUUUGGGUGGUUUCUUUCGCAUGAUAUUCUAUCCCGUACAAAUGGUGCUCUCCACUAUCAUGGACAGCUUUGUGGGAAGCAAUGAAAGCUCUUCAUCCACUUCUCCCUACACUCAAUACACUUCGUACCAUAACACACUAAAGAAGCAUGCCAGCGAUUACAAUUACGAAGAUGAUGAUGGUGACUAUGAUGAUGACAUCGACUAUGAUAAUGACUCCAGCGAUUCCUCACUAACCGGCUGGUUUAGUUCUUUAUUUGGUUUUAAUCGACGCAAUAAGAAAAUAGGCAGCACCACUUUAUCGCCGCAAUCGGCACACAAGCCCGCCAAACAAACCGGCUGGUUACAAUCAUGGUUUGGCUAUGACGAUGGUGUGGACAAAUCCGAUACCAAUGUGCAUGAAGAUGAGAGUGAAUAUGAUAAAUGGUUUUCCAGUUGGUUUGGUGAAAUUAAGCCAAAAGCCAGAAAGCGUACAACAACCACCACCACUACAACCACCACGCAAGUACCACAGGUGCCCAUACUAACCAUAGUGGAUCCCAUGCGCAAUCCUCAAAACUGGAUUGGCAUAUUGGCGCAUCAUAUAAUCAAUCACACAUCUACAACGACACAGAAUCCUUUAAAAGAAAUCUGGUCGCGAGUUACCUCACCUUCUACAACAACCACAACUACUGAGAAUCCUGAUAUACCGAGGAAAAUGUCGUACAACAAAUAUCAAAUAUGGCGUUUGAAACCUCAAGAUGAUCCUCAACUACAGGCCUUGGAGGAGUACAAGCAAAGUGAAGAGGGCAACAAAUUACAGUGGCUGAAGGGACCGAGUCUGAGAGGCCUCACCGAUGUCCUAGUACCCCCUCGUAUGUUAUCCGAUUUCCAAUCGUCCCUCAGCUUUGAAUCCAUCGAUCAUGAAGUGCUCAUAUUUGAUGUGGGCAAAGCCAUUGCUUAUGAAAAAUCCAAAGAAGACUUCCUUUUCACCACCACACAAAAUCCCAAAAAGCGUCAUAAUCCCCAUCGUCAUGCACACAAAAAGCCCCUGCAAUCUAUGACUUGGAUGCGUUAUUAUGAAUUCGAUGAUAUUGUCACAUAUAUGGAAAAUAUGCGUUUGCGUUAUCCCCAGUUGGUGGAGCUCAUUCAUAUAGGGCGUUCCUAUGAGGGUCGACCUUUGAUUGUGGUGAAGAUCGAAAGCAAAGAGGCAGCAGCAGCUAAUUCAGCGAAUCUCCAACCGAAUCAAAAAUCCAAAUUAAGGCACAAAAAGCGUACUGGUGUGGCAAAUGCUGUAUUCAUAGAGGCGGGAACACAUGGUGCCGAAUGGAUAGCACCGGCUUCGGCAACAUGGAUAAUCAAUGAAUUGCUGAAAAUUAUGAAAAUGAAUAAAACCAUAGACGACGAACACAGUGUCAUUCGUAAUACUACAUGGUAUAUAAUGCCCGUCUUGAAUCCAGACGGUUAUGUUUAUAGCCAUGAAUAUGAUCGAUUUUGGAAGAAAUCACGUUCGAGACAUAUUUCACGGCCUUCGGGCAUCAUCAACUCAGCCAUGACUUGGUUACAGAAGAAAAAGACGACCAACCGCAUUUGCUAUGGUGUCGAUUUGGAUCGUAAUUGGAAUUAUCAAUGGGGAAAACGUGGCAGUUCGAGGACACCAUGCAAUGAAUUCUUUGCUGGACCGGCACCAUUUUCGGAGCCAGAGACAAAGGCAUUGUCGGAAUUUUUAAUGGAUUACAGGACGCAUAUUAAGCUAUAUAUGUCCCUCCAGGCCUAUGGCCAAAUUAUAAGUUACCCUUAUAAGGCAAAUACAACGUAUGAUACAGAACGUCUAGAUGAUCUGCUAGAUGUGGCUAUGGUGGGCAUUGAUGGUCUACGCAAACAGGGCAGCAAAUCUCGAUAUAAAAUAGAUUCUACAAAUGAUUUGGUGGAAAAUCGUUCAGGAUCAUCCGAUGCCUUUGUAGCCUAUGAUGUUGGCAUACCAUUCAGUUAUACCAUUCAAUUGGCCGAUAAUGGUGUUCACGGCUAUCUUUUACCCAGUGCUGCUAUUGAAUCUACAUCUAGAGACGCUUUCGAAAUUAUUUUGGCUAUGCUGGAUUAUAUUUAA